AAUUUAUUAAGCCGCAUUUAACCCCAUUUUUUCCUCCAAGCAGUUUGUUUUCAAAAAACCCUUUAAGUUUAAAUUUUGCUAAUAUAUGGAUGUGGUGAGUGGAUCAGGCGAUAAAAAGGAUGAUGUUAACAAUAUAGAUAGGGUUGAAGGUGAAGAGAAUGGUGCUUCUCAACUAGAUUUUAUUUACAAAGCUAUGGUUCAAAGAGAUCCAAAUAAGAGAAGAAUAAAGCCUGUUAACCGGCAAAAUCUAUUUAAUCAGAUCAACAUAUCAGAUAGUAGUGAAGAUAGUGAUUUCAUACCUAAUGAAGAUACGGACGCUACCGAUGAGUUUGAAGAAGAGUCAUCUGUGUCCAGCGGUGUGCCGAGCAACGGGAAAAGGGGAGACGUCUCUUACGAUUCUGAAGCAAUGUAUUUGGACGAUAAAUCGGAGUCAAAAAUUUUGGGUGAAUCAUCCAUUAAUCUUGAUUUGGAACACGAACAUUCUAUGAUCGACAAUAUACCGGAAGUUAUGGUGUGUAUGGUUUGUUUGUGUGAUAAUCGAAUUGCCUCUGAAUAUUUAGUGGAAUGUGAUGUUUGUGGUUUGGUUGUUCAUGAAACUUGUUAUGGUAUAUUGCCUGCAAACUCUCUCAAAAUUAACUGCGGUAAUAACAUAAACCUUAACAUUGACAACAGUGGAAAGUCGUCUUCUCAGAGAUCCAAAUCCAUAGCUGCCAGCAUCCAUCCUGAUAAAAAAAUCGAUACUAUCUCGAAUUCCUCAACUUCUUCCCAAUAUUCCACCGAGCCCUGGUUUUGCAGUCCGUGCCGUGCAGCUGUCAAAUAUCCCGCAUGUAAAUUAUGCCCAUUUGAGCCAGGGAUAGGUGCCUUUAAGGAGACUGACGUUAAAACAUGGGUUCACUUGAUUUGCGCCCUGUACAUUCCGGGAGUAACGUUUGCCGACGUGGAACACCUUUCAGCUGUUACGCUUUUCGAAUUGAAUUACAAGAGAUUUGGAGAAAGGGAAUGCGCAUAUUGCGAAAAUCGUCUGCUUUCUAAGACAGGGAUAUGCAUAAAAUGCGAUGCGGGCAUGUGUCGUACAUUUUUCCACGUUACCUGCGCCCAAAGGGAGGGUCUCCUAAUCGAGAAUUAUAAUUCUAACAACCUCCUGAAGUCGCCAAAUCUCUCGGGCAAAAAUAACCGCGUCAAAACGCCAAAUAAUAAUUUCCCGAAUUCUGGUACCAAUGCUCUGAGCCCGGAAUCGGCCUAUUUCGCUUUUUGCAAGGCUCAUCACGGCGACAAAACGUCGAUCAGGAAAAGGGCGCGGGAAUUCGCGCUGGCGCGAAAAAGGCAGACCCUCAUCAGAUCCAAGUCGCUGAAAGGAGGAAACUAUGCUGGAAGCCUUUUUUACAAAAAAGAUUUAAACAACAACGAUAUAGAAAAUAUGCUAAAAUGUGAUGACGUGCCAGACGCCGAAGCAGUUCACAAUCGUUUGAAAAAAAGGAUUUUGAAGAAGUUAGCCAUUUCCCGGAGUAGCUACGAACGCGAGAGGGUUAGGUUUGGCGCCCUCCUAGAUAAUUGGAUACCCACGCCAGAUUUGCGCGAGAAUUAUUCGCGCCAUCUAACAUCGGAUCCUAUUUUCGUAGAUGCUCUUUUAUCCAAGGCUAAUGUGGCCGGUAUCAGAAUCGAUUCAUUGCUCGGCUUCGGAACUUUCCUUGAUUACACUCAGGAUAAUAGUCGCCGAAUUUCCGUGUGUGAUGAAAAUUUAAAUUUCAACAAUGAUCCAAAUGAUCUCGAUCCUCCCGUUAUGAAUUUAAAUGACAGUAGACACAAUUUACCAGUUCUUCCGGCCUUUUCCCACAAAUUUAUCACCUAUUUUAAGGCGAGGGAGACGGAACUCGAAAAAUGGAUGGAUCUUAUUAAAACCAAAAAUGACGAAAUUCAAAAACUGAAAAUGACAAGGGACAAGCUGAUAAAAGCUUGCCAAAUCGCUAAAGAAUCCAAGAAUCAAUCCCAUCUUUUCCUCCAAUCUAAUAUCGAUUCCAUCAAAAAUAUCUGGAAUUAUCUGUGUCUCUUGAAAGGACAUCAUUCAUAUACAUUGCCCAAGCGGUUUCAAUUGCUAACUUCAACUAUAGACCCAUCGAAUAAUAAAAUGAAUACCGACGAAAGAAGUGUCGCAAAUAAGAUAACUCAAAAAUCUAAAAACGUCGGUAUACGAUCAAAAAAAGGCGUAACAAUGCACAAGUGUUGUGUAUGCCACAUUUGCGAUGAGACCAUAUCCGAGAGUUUGAUCGAAUGCGAUACCUGUCAGAAACUUUAUCACAUGACGUGCCACGACCCGCCACUGAAAAAAAAACCUCUCAAAUCCAAAUUUUACACCUGGCAAUGUUCCCAAUGCGUCGAAAACGUUUCGCUUACCAUAGAUUCCUCCCAACUAAACAAUACGGAAAGUUGUAACGAUAAUAAAGAUGAAACGUUUGAAAACGACGCCGAAAAUAAUGACGGUCCAACGAGCAACGUUAAAAAUAGGAACCGUAAAAGACCCCAACGCUUUUCGCAUUCUAUUUCUUCCGAUAACAAUGACGGAAGUCCCUUGACUGGAAAAGGCGGCGAAAAAAACGUCAAAAAAAAAUCCCAUUCUAAAAAAAGAAAAUUGGUCAUCAAUAUUAAACCCUCAUGUGAACAGCUCAAGAGUGAAUUCCCUUCGCCCCAGGUCCCAGAUUCACAACCGGUUUGAAAAAAAGGACUUCUUUAGAACAAAAUUUUUGACAUGUAAAAAUAAUUUCGAAAAUAUUUUUUUAUGAUAAAAAGUGCUUGUAUAAAUUGAUUUUUUUUUAUUAUCUUCUAUUCAAAUUUUUACCAUUUAAUAAAUACAUUUAUAAUUAUUACAGUAAAGCUUUUAAGUUUCAUAUUUGAUGUAUUUUAUCGAUAUUUUAAUAUGUUGUGAUGUAUGUUAUAGAUAUUUUAAUAUAUAUGUUAUGUAAAUUUUCAUUUAUAAACAUUAAACUGAUUUAUCGUC